UAAAUUUUUACGUCUUCGCCGAUUCGCGCGCAAAACUCACGACUUGGCCUUGACUGGCUGGGCUGAUUUUGAUUGGGUCCUGACCUGAGGCUGAACGACCCACCAGCUAUAAUCGGGGGACAUUUCUGGUCGCUCAUCACACCUUCCACCAACCUCUUUUCAACAUCACUUUUUGGCGCGCACUCUGUCAUAGGUGACGCACAUUUGAGAAACGUAGCAUGAGCCAGCCCUCGUCGACGGCCGCGCCUUCUACGUCCUCCAACCAACCAACCACCAAUCGCAGCGUGGUGAACGGAUCUGGCAAAGCGAAGGCCACUCCAUUCAACUACGCUGCAGCUGCAGGAAAGGCCACAGUCGCCGCCGCUGCAUCACCCAACACUGGAUCUCCUGCUGCUG